AUGGCCUCCAUACUGAGGCAGAUUGUUGCCGGGCCGCGAUCACAGCAUCCCGAGGCUGGGAUUGAUCUGUGCUAUGUGACCUCUGACAUCAUCGCGACGCAUUAUCCCUGGCCUGACCAUCACCCGCCGCCGUUUCGUCUCGUGCCCAUGAUCAUGGCGAGCAUGCGCAACUGGCUCCAUGGCGGAGACUUGCACGACGGCAACCCGGCGCCUGUGACCGUCGACGCUGCCACAGCAGCAGAACCACCAGCAGCAGCAACACAGCCCGCCAGGGAUGCAACGCAAACCAACACUACACAACCCGACGCUCCCGUCACCGACAAGGACAAGAAGAAGCGUGUCGCCGUCGUCCACUGCAAGGCCGGCAAGGGCCGCAGCGGCACCAUCUCCUGCAGCUACCUCAUCGCCGAGUGCGGCUGGCGGCCCGAAGAGGCCCUGACGCGCUUCACGGAGCGGCGCAUGCGGCCCAAGUUUGGCGCCGGCGUCUCCAUCCCCAGCCAGCUGCGCACCGUCUCGUACGUCGACCGCUGGGCGCGCCACGGCAAGAAAUACGUCGACUGCCCCAUCGAGAUAGUCGAGAUCCACGUCUGGGGCCUGCGCAGCGGCGUCAAGGUCGACAUUGAGGGGUUCGCUGAUGCGGGCCGCAGGAUACAAAUCUUUCACACCUUUUCGAAGAAGGAGAGGAUCAUUAUCGACGGCAACGCGCCCGAGACGGACGGCGGUGGCGUCGCCCACAUGAUGUAUGACCUCGCUGGCGUGCCGGCGGCGCGGACCGUCGAGGGCGCCCCCGAGGAGGCUGAGUAUGCGGAGAGCACGAACCUGGAGGAUCCGAACGGCGAUAAGGCUCGCAAUAGCCGCGCUGCUGGUAGUGGUGGUGCUGCUUCUCCACCUGACGAGGCACCCAGCCGCAGCUCGUCGAAGAAACGCCUCGGCGGAAGCACAAAGACGCUGCUACAUAAUGCUAAAACCAAGACCAAGACGGGGCUUGGAUACCACGGCACGACUGACUCGCCUGCCUCGUCCAACAGCCAUCUCUCUGGGUACUCAGAGGACGCGUCUACGGAGAAUGAGCCUGGCGGUAUGGCCGUCAUCCUGAAGCCGACCGAGCCCGUGCAGAUUGCCAACAGCGACGUGAAUAUUUCCGUCGAGCGACGGAGCCGCAGUUCCUCGUCGCUGGGCCUCACAAUGGUCACGGCCGUGGCGCACGUCUGGUUCAACGCCUUCUUCGAGGGUAACGGGCCCGAGCAGGACGGCAAGCCCGACACCAGCGGUGUCUUCAGCAUUGACUGGGAGGCUAUGGACGGCAUUAAGGGGUCCAGCCGCAAGGGGUCCCGCGCGCUCGACCGCAUUGCUGUGGUGUGGCGGCUCGCCGGAGCAACCGAUGUGCCAGGCCAGGACCAGACUGACAACAUCCCGGGAGAGAUUGUAGUCGAGCCGCCGGAGGGCUCAGCGGUGCCGCAGAUGGAGCCUGCGGACUGGAAAGGGCAACAACCACGAAGAUCCGGAGCAGGACAGGCAUCUCGGGUUGCGGGGCGGAGAAAUCCGGCCAGCGCGGACGUCAGCAAGGCCAGCAGCGUCAAGAGCCAGGAGAUCCGAGACGGACAGGCUGCUAAUGGUGACGAAACCAACCCCCUGGCCGGUGUCAGGAUCAGCGGACCCGCCGGCGAGGAGGAGCUGAAUGGCGUCAAAGGGGCUCCGGCCGCCGAGGUCUCCUCGCCCGUGAUGCCCCAAGGCAAGGAGCCGGGCCCAGAAUUGCUGGACAAUCCCGACACGGCGAGCAGGACGACAGGGUCGUCCGGGGCACAGGCGAGCAAAUAG